UUUGUUUCCACUGUGUCCUCUGUGUUCCCUGUGCUCUGUCUGUCCCAGGAACUCGGGCCUUCUCGCCCCCUUUUUCUCCUGCAGCCUGAAGCGACAGCCUUGAAUAAUCUCCCUGAACUGCCUUCAGGGAAACCUUUCCGUGUGGAUUUAUAAAAGUAAAAAAAAAAAAAAAAAAACCUCUUAGAAGAACAGAAAAAGAAGAGAAACAGCUGUCAAGUGUGGACUAGCAGUUGAGGGGAAGUUCUCGAGUUGUUCUUCAAGAUGGCACAUGUGAAAGGCUGGGUCCUCGGGCUCCUGCUGGUGCUUCUGUCCCCACUCCAGGCCCCACUCUGCACCGUGGCAAGUGCAGACGCCGAGAACGACGUCCACACCAGGUAUGUAGAGGAAGUCAUGGCAGAUGAGGGUGAGAACCUGGAGGGUGAUGACGGUGCUGGUGAGGAAGGAGAUGGGGGUGAGGAAGAUGAGGCUAAUGAAGAGGAAGAUGGGGAAGAAGAGGAGGAAGAGGAAGCUGAGGAGGAGGUAGAGGAGGCUGAGGAGGAGGAAGAGGCUGCAGAGGAGGCUGAGGAGGAGGAGGAGGAGGCUGAAGAGGAGGAAGAGGAGGCUGAGGAGGAGGAGGCUGAAGAGGAGGAAGAGGAGGCUGCAGAGGAGGAGGUAGAGGAGGCUGAGGAGGAAGAAGAGGCUGCAGAGGAGGAAGAGGAGGCUGAGGAGGAGGAGGCUGAAGAGGAGGAAGAGGAGGCUGAGGAGGAGGACGCUGCAGAGGAGGAGGAAGAGGAGGAGGAAGCUGCAGACGAGGAGGAAGAGGAGGCUGAGGAGGAGGACGCUGCUGCAGAGGAGGAGGCUGAGGAGGAGGAGGAAGCUGCAGAGGAGGAAGAGGAGGCUGAGGAGGAGGAAGCUGCAGAGGAGGAGGCUGCAGAGGAGGAAGAAGAGGCUGAGGAGGAGGAAGCUGCAGAGGAGGAAGAGGAAGAAGAGGCUGCAGAGGAGGAAGAGGAGGCUGAGGAGGAGGAGGCUGCAGAGGAGGAAGAGGAAGAAGAGGCUGCAGAGGAGGAAGAGGAGGCUGAGGAGGAGGAGGCUGCAGAGGAGGAAGAGGAGGAAGAGGCUGAGGAGGAGGAAGCUGCAGAGGAGGAAGCUGUUGAGGAGGAGGAGGAGGAGGAGGAGGAUGUGGAAGAGGAAGCAGAGGCCACAGAGGCAGAUGAGGAAGAAGAGGAGGAGGAGACAGUGGAGGCAGAGGAUGACGGAGAUGAUGCUGAAGAUAACGCCACAAUCGAAGAAGAGCCCGCUGCCGUUGAACUGCCACACUACAGCUCAGGCUCUCUGUGUAGCAUUUGCACCAUCUGUGAGCACUGCGCUACUAACUGUGACAACUGCCCCUGUGAAGAUGGAGAUGAGUCAGAUCAGUGUCAGCAGUGUCAAGAAUGUGCUUCCUGCUAUGUCUGUCCCAUCCUGUGUGAUACAAUUUGCACUCCAGGUGGUUUUGUCGAUGAAAUCACCGGCACCCUGUUUCAGACUGUUUCUUCUCUCCUCUGAGCGUCCAGGAGAUGGUGCUGUUCGACACCAUCCUUCAGUUGCAUCAGGCAGUCCAAGAUGGACGUAUUCACCUGCAAUAUGAAGCUUCAACAUCUACAGCUUGUCAGUGACUUUGACAGCUUUAAACCUUGAAUAGAAAUGUUUUAACUUAAGUUUUUUUUUGUUACAAUGAGACCUGAAAAAAGUCACUUUGAAAAGCCCUGUCUAAUUUCCCUUUAUUAAUGAACCACCAAUUGCACAUUUUUACUGCAACAUGACUGAACCAUCAAUACUUUUUGCUCUGUCUUUGUUUUUUUUUUUCUCUUUAUUUUGUAGGACCAUUGUUGUAAAAGUGUUUAGUUGAGCAAAAAUGUUUCUAGGCCAGUUUGUAUAAAUGCACUGGAAAGAAGAUGGAGAACGCUGCCGAUAUAUUACCACCCAUCAUUGUGGAUUACAGUGGGACGUCACAUUAUAGGUUCUUUGAUUUUGUUACAAUAAACACUUGGUAAUACAGUAACAACGUCUACAUUAUUGUGG